UAUUUUUUUUUUGUUUAGUAUAAAGCAAUAAGAGAAAUCUCAUUUCUUACUUGUAAAACUGAAAACAUAUGGCUCAAAUUUCUAUGUUCCUUAAUGCUCUGAUCAUCUUUCUGUAUCUAUUUCUUGUUCUAACUAAUGGUCCUAUUCGCAUUCCCUGCACUUCUGAUUCGGAUUGUCCAGAUAUGUUUUUCCCUCUUUUUACAAAAUGCGUUAAUUAUAUUUGUGCGUGUGAUUUGUAACAUUUUUAAUUUUAUUUGUAUUUCAUAAGGAUUUUACUCUUAUGUUCUUGUGGUGUCACCUUAUUUGUAAGAGUUUGAUUUACUAAUCUCGAAGAACAAAGUUCAUAAGUAUUUGUUGGAAGAAAAAAAUGUGAUAGCUCGUUCGGUUGAACAUAAAAUAUCCCCAACAAACAAAUUACUAUAAUAACAUUUGAUUUGUGUUUUCUUGUCCUUUCAUUUUGUGACAAAUUUUGAAGUGUAUUGUUAUAUUAUGCUAGUAUUAUUGUCCAAUUUAAUAAAUAAAGGUAAUGUAUAGGUAUGGAGAUUGACUAUUUACUUUACUUUCACAUUUGAUAAAUAUUUAAAAAAUAUUUUGAGAAGAGGCAAAUGUUAGUCAUUAAUUUUUACAAAUAAUUGGUUAUUCUGGUUAAAUCAUGUGAUUAUGCAUAUACAACAUGUGUUAAUACAAGAAUGUUUCUUUUGUAAAUAUUUCAAUGAUAGUAAAUUGUUUUUAUUUAAGAAUGAUUAUAUUAGUGAGUAAGGAUUUUCUCUUUUAUUUAAAGAAAUUGAGAGUUUUAUUGCCAUUUUUUAAACAAUAUAAAAAAUAUAAAGGUCUGUAUUUUCAAAAUAGGUGAUAUUAAUUGGUUAUUUACACAAAGUUGUAGUAAUAUAAAUAUUCUUUAUUUUAAGAAAUGAAAAUAAUAUUCUCUAUCAAUUCGGAUAGUCGAUAAACAAUACUCUAAUAUCUUUUUUUUAGUUUUAAAGAGAUUAGAGGCAAAACUCACACAAAUUAAGUAUAUGUAGAGAAAUAAAAUUAGUGUGACAAGGUGUAUGAACCAAAGAUAUUUGAAGUAGGUUAAAUAUCUACCAUCCACAUUAUAUUGAAGUUAUGAUGCAUUAAUUGGUCGUGCGCGUGCCUGAUUCGCAUAAUAUCUCAUGCAUACAUGUAGUCCCACUUGAUCACAUCAUCCAUCAUACAAUUAAAAAUUUAAUUAGAGAUAGCUUUUGCAAAGUUUACUUUCAUAAAUAUAGAUUAAUUACAUAAUAAUACACUCAAUGCAACUUUAUUGUUAAAUAAGAAACCGUUCAUGGAAACUUUUUUCUAUUUGAUCUUCCACCAUUAUAUUAGUAAGGAUGUUCUGUGUGGAUGUCUGCUAGGCAACAUCAUUCUAGGUGGAGUUAUCACUCUUGUUUGAAACUCUCACGAAUGUAGUACUACUGUUUACGGUGAUUUCCGGUAAACAACCGCUAGUCUUCCAAACUAUAAUAAAUAUGAUUUGGUUACUCGCAGGAUCGACUAGAUUGAUCCUAGGACAUAGUCAAAAAGGUUGUUAUUCAUGAUAGUUCGAAUUAUGUCUAUGAUUGAUAUGUCUCGAAAUAAGAAAUACUUGAACAAAGAAAUAAAGAUUAGCAGUCACCUUGUUAUACACGUAAAUAUAACACCAGUGAAAGGUGAAUUAAAGAUAAAAUAUAAGACAAAACUGUAAAAGUGCGAGAAUCUUAAAGUGCAGAAAAGUUAAAUGCUUCGAAGAUAAAUGACAUGAAAAUAAAGAGUGCAGGAAUGUAAACGACAGAAAGUAAAUGAAACGCAAUAAUAUCGAAAGAUACUUGAAUAAAGGAAAAUACACAUGUAUUUAAAAUGGUGUUGGUGUCAUACGUACAUUUCUCAGCGAACUCUUUCUCUUAACACUUGAUACUUGAGUAAUAUGUGAGUGAUUUGUACAAAAUGAACACACGGAAUCCUAACAUUAAGACCAUUAUUUAUACUAGUUUCGACCCUAACGGUCCUACACUAAUCUAAUGCCACGUUGCCCAUAGAAAAUCCAGGGAUGCCAUCUGUCUUCGUGCGGUUACAUAAACUACUUCGAAAUUCAAAUCAUCACGCCUGAAUCUCCCUUCGACGCGUGGCAACGUAAUUUAAAAUCGAGAAUGCCACGAAAACACACCAAGCUUCAGUACUUCGCAUAUUUCGCAAAAACGUCUAAGUCUCAAAGACCAUUCUUCUCGAAUUUAGCUUCGGCGCUCACUAUCUUUGCUCCAACUUAAACAUCAUUCUCGAAGCAUGGCCAUCAGUAGCCAUUUUCUAUCUUCAAAGAUGGUCAUCAGUAACCAUCUCCUUCGAAUUUCAGACCUUCGAAGGACAUUCUUCCCAAACGAAAUCUUCAGCUAACAAAUUGCCCCCAAUAAAUGCAUGUUUCUAAAAACAAGAGAAAUAGGCGUUUCUUGUUAUAAUAAGAUUUCGUUUUAUAGUUCCGAGACUAUUGAUUGACGUCAUAAUCAUUUAUGACUCUGUUUCCAAAACGUCUUGUCAUUUUCAAAGAUGUCUACUCAUAACUUACAUUCCCACGUUCUGGUCUUACUUCAUGAUCAUUACUCCUAUAUACUAGGAGUAAAGCUAAUAACUAUUCGACCGUCGUUGCAUUAAAUCAACGCCUGCCGCGUGUCUCUUGGCUUUUACCCAAAAGAUUUGAAAGGGUUUCCGUUAAACCUUUAAAUACUUGAACUCCUACCCUCAUAUAACUUUCACCUCUAUUUCCUUAUUAUUUCCACAGCAAGGAACAUCUCAGGUUACACUCAGACCCAUUUCCCCAAAUCAAACUUACUCAUGGCGUCUCCUUCAAACGUUCUUCAACCAGCUUUGAAACUUCAGAAACCUACACAGAUAGGGAAUGAAGAGCACAUACCAAACCCAAAUACUGCAGAAGUGCGCGCCAUUUAUGCUUCUCAGGUAAUCAUUCCCUUUGAACUUUCUGGAAAAACUCAUGCCUUCAUGGGUCCUUUACCAGGAGAAACUAACUCCUCUCUGAAUAAAUUCUUUCCUGCUUAUUAUAAAACUAGGCCUUUAGUUAGUAAGAACAAAAUAAAUGAAGAUGACCGUCCUAUCUUAGCAGAUCCUGAUGGUGCAUAAGAUACUUCGACCGUAACCCCUUCAGCCCUAGAGAAAAUUAGGUUAAACUAUGUAACCAAUUUUGUGAAAGUUAUUAGGUCAAUUCCCUUAGCAAAAGACCCUGAACUGUAUUAUGCCUGGUAGCAAGAGUAGAGAAACACAAGGCUUCUUUCUGGAAACAACUGGGCAUUUACGAUUUAAUCCAACUGUCCAAGACUGGUUUAGAAUACAACCAAACCAUGUUAGUUGCGUCAGUUCAUUUCUGGGAUGCUUCCCAUAACACUUUCCAUCUUCCAUGUGGAAUGGUCACCCCCACUCUUUUCUACAUAGCUGCUAUCACGGGGCUUCGACCAACCGGAGAAACCUUUGACCCCAAUGUCAUGGAUACCGAUACCAUUAACUUUAGCGAAGCAAUAGUUACUUAUACUGCGUUCAUUCAACAAUAUCAUGACGAGAAUAAUGAGGUAGUCUCGGACGAAGAGCAUAUUGCUUUCUUAGCAUUAUGGCUCUCGAGGUGCGUUUUCUGUUCUAGGUCCAUACAGGUAGCAAAGAGGUAUCUUUGUAUGGCCAAUCAACUACAUGCUGGGACACAACUAAACCUGAGCCAGUUAAUUCUAGGGUUUCUCUAUGAGAAUCUAGGUGAAGCAACAGACCUCAUUAAGAGUUAUGAAUCAGGAUCUCUGCUCUUUGCUGGUCCUUUCUGGUUUUUACAACUGUGGCUUAAUGCUACUUUCGAAGCUCACCUCCCAUUUCGAGGUACUGUCAACGAAGAAGAUCCAAACAUCAAAAGUCGAGCUGUAGAAGGAACCAGGUUGGCUUUGCUAACUCCUAAAGAAGAAACUGGGAAGCUUCAUGAACAUUUUUUAGCAUAUGUCAUGAUGUUUGCUCAGUGUUAUCAAUUUAGCCCUUCAAUGGCUCCAUUCGUACAAAGGACAGUGGGUCCUGAAUGGUUCACUCGAAGAUUUCCAGCAAUGUCCCCAAAUCAACAAACUGAAUCCGUGAUUAUUUGGGAAGCUUUUCUUACCCCACGGCUAUUCUACCACCGUCUUCGACCCUCCAAAGGCCAAUGUGUUCUUCUCUGCUACCAACCAAACCUGGUAUCGAGACAAUUUGGAUUGGUUCAAAUAAAACCCAAAUGCCUGUAUGAGAAAAGGAACCAUAUGUGUCUACAUACUUUGUAUUUAGCUGAAGAUGAGUGUGAAUCAAAAAUCGCCAGAUACACUGGUGUUACUAAUCUCUCUCCUGUUCCUUUCGAACCUGCCUUUUAUUCUACUCCAGAUUUCCAACAAUGGUGGACAGAUUACUACACCAUGCAAAUCUUCGAUGCUGAGAGCCUUACUCGAGAACUAACUGAAGCUUUUGCUGACGUGCAGGAAAACUUUCGCAAAGGUACUUCGACCCAUAUUAAAGAAAUCCAAGCCUUUCAAAAAUUCUUUGAGACUAUCUACAGGCCUGAUGAUCUUAGUCGGACCGUUCGUGAAGCUGCAGUCAUUUUACGCGAAAAGUUUUCUGCUAAACUGGAUAAGUUGAAACUGCCCUCGUCUGUUCGACCAGAACUGCGUUAUGAAGUGGCUUUCAAACUUAAUCCUCCAAAAUUCCCUCCACUGCCAAGUGCUGAUUUUGGUGUGGCUUUAAGCCCUCCUUUCCCAGACUGGUUCGUGUGUGGGAAUGCUUUUAAAAUUCUUCAGGAAAGCACUAAAAAACGCGCUGAACGAGUGGUCCCGACUAAGCAUACCCUUGAUACUUUCAAAGGACAUCUUCAUAUAGAUCUUGAACAUGUUCGUGUCUUAACUCCAAUACCUGAAGGUUUGGGUUUAGACAACUUCCGACUAACUUUUCUUUUUUUUUCCGCUGAAAUACUGAUUCCAGUUUCAACUACAGGCGUUGCUCGAAAGAGAAAGAUCAAAGAAGCCGCUGUACAAAAGGAUUCUGGAGUUUCGAAGAGCAACAAGACAAGUAGGAGUGAUUCUACCACGACUGGCAAGAAACCCACGACUUCGAAACCUCCGGUACAUUCGAAGCGAAAAGAUUCUCAAACAGCUGUUUUAGACGAUGAAGACAAAUCUCCUCCUCGCACCAGGCAAGGACACAAGAAAAGACAGAAGACUGUCACUCCUUCCGGCAAAGAAAAGGGGUCUGGUUCUUCGAAGAUUACUUCACCGGCUGAUAAGGUAUCUUCCGAAGAAUCACCUUUAAAAGGUGGUAGUAACGUUCUUGUUGUAGAGAGCCACAACUCGAGUCCAGAUAACAUUCCAACCAAGGUAUUUGGAUUUCACAACAUAAUCAUCUCUAUAAAUUUUAACUUAAACAAUUUAAGUUAACAUUUUACCUUAUGGUUGUAGGAUGAUGUUGGCACAGCCACUUCUGAUCUCCAAGCCUUCAACCUUACCAUCGACCUUGAUAAUCUCCAAGACAAAUCUCACGUGUUUUCACCAGUUGUCGAAGACGCUCAGCCUCUAGCGACCAUUAUUCCUACUACGCCAGUUGAAGAAAGCCAUUCAACUGAUGAUUCUCCUCCUACCCACAAAAGCGAAAAUAUGG